AUGCGUAUUAUUUGGCGCGCCUCGGCUGAUCCAGCCGUCUACGAAGAAGCCCGCGUGGGUCGCGUCUUCAACCACCGUCGCCCACGACGAUAUCCCCUGGCAGUAGUCAAGGCUACUUGUCUAGAGGACAUCGUGCUGGCGGUCAAGUUGGCAAAGGAGAAGAAAUGCCGUGUCGCUGUGCGCUCAGGCGGGCAUUCAUGGGCUGCGUGGAGUGUGCGUGAUGAAUCCAUUCUUAUAGAUUUGGGCGAUUACAAGCACUUGGAAGUGGAUGCAGAAAAGCGCAUGGCGCGAACAUCACCCAGUAUGACAGGGAAGGAGAUCAAUGGAAAGCUGAUCAAGGAGUAUGGGUUGAUGUUUCCCGGGGGUCAUUGUCCAGACGUUGGCCUGGGGGGCUUUCUUCUGCAAGGGGGGAUGGGAUGGGUCUGCCGGGGUUGGGGCUGGGCGUGCGAGAGAGUCAAGGCUGUCGAUGUGGUGACGGCAGAGGGGGAACUGCUGCACUGCAAUGAGAAUCAAAAUGAGGAUCUCUACUGGGCAGCUCGAGGUGCCGGUCCAGGUAAAGCUCUUAACCUACAUCAUCAAUUCCUCAUGCUGAUUCUCGAAUCAUCCUCUUGGCAGGCUUCCCUGGUCUGGAUAGUCGCCAUCACUCCGGAUUUCGAUCGUGACACCGAGAUCGCUGUCGUGAGUAUGUAUCCCGAGGGCAGCAAUGAAAUCUGCCUCUUCGUGCUCCUUGUGACUCUAAAGCACACUCCGGAAGAGGCAGAAGCCGCCCUCACUCCUGCCCAGCAGUCACGCCCUGCUGGCACCAUCGAGGAAUGGUUUUGCCGAGAGGACAGCCUAGAGAACCAAUAUGUGAACCAAGGCAAGGCAAAUCCAGAAGGCCACCGUUACUGUGCCGAGAAUGCCUACCUGCACAACGACGCGGACGUCCCCAAAGUCCUCGAAGAAGCCUUCACCACCUUGCCCCAUCGCAAGGCUUUUGCCCUGUGGUACGGGAUGAACCCUUGUAGCCGCCGCGAUCUGCCGAAUAUGGCACUCAGCAUGCAAUCGGAUCACUACUUUGCACUGUAUACGAUAUGGGAAGAUGAGAAAGACGACGCACGGUGCCAGGCGUGGGUAAAGAAUGUGAUGAAACAAGUUCAGCGCCAUUCGGUUGGGGCGUAUCUAGGGGAUUCGGAUUUCCAGGAACGACAGACCAGAUACUGGUCCGAGAGCAACGGCCGUCGACUGAUGGAUAUCCGCAGGAAGUGGGAUCCAACUGGCAGAAUCUGCGGAUAUUUAGACAGGGGGGAUGUCUCGAGGACUAGGGGGUUGGAUAAUGUUCAUGAAUGGGAGACCGUGCCUUCCCAGCUAUAG